AUUUUCUAAAAUACACAGGAUCAGUGCAGAGAAUCCUAAAAAUGACACGUCCAGAGCAUCAAGCCCCUCCUCAUAUUUAUUAUGAUGAAACAGAAGCAAGAAAAUAUACAAGUAAUUCAAGGACUCAGAUGGUCCAGGCAGAGAUGACGCUUCGUUCUUUAGACCUUCUUAAUCUUCCAAAGAAAAAAAUGUGCUUUUUAAUGGAUAUUGGGUGUGGUUCAGGGCUUUCAGGCGAAAUUCUUGAUCAAGAUAAACAUAUAUGGGUUGGUAUGGACAUAUCACCAUGGAUGCUGGAGACAGCACUUAAGCGAGAUAUUGAGGGAGACUUAAUGUUAUCGGAUAUUGGACAUGGAUUGCCAUUUAGAGGGGGAUGUUUUGAUGGAGCGAUUUCUAUUUCGGUUCUUCAGUGGCUUUUAUACUCUGAUACGUCAUCUUCGAAUCCGUAUAAGCGUAUAAUGAGACUUUUUUCUACACUUUAUUCAUGUUUAGCACGUGGUGCUCGUGCAGUUUUUCAAUUUUAUCCAGAAACAGAUCAAAGUAUGUCAAUUAUUACAUCUUUAGCAAAUAAAUGUGGAUUUUCUGGGGGAGUUGUUAUAGAUUAUCCUGAUACAAAAAAGGCAAAAAAAUAUUAUUUAGUUCUUCAAGCUGGAGAUAGUGCAAACAUGACUAUCAAAAAUAUAGAAUCAAAUCAAGAUCCUAUAUUAGUAUCUCAUACUUUUAAACGAUCUAAAUCUUCAAAGGAGGAAAAGGCUAAAAUAAAAAAUACUAAAGAAUGGAUUCUACGUAAAAAAAAGAAAUAUAGAAAGUAUAAAGACAAUGUUCCUCGAGAUAGUAAAUUUACUGCACGCAAAAGACGUCCAAAAUUUUAACUUUAUUUCUUAUAUACAGGCGAGUUAAACAGGUCGAUUAUUA